AUGAAUGAAACAAGAGCCAAAUUCAAGAACCAAGAUGCUUCUAUUAGAAAUUUGGAGGUGCAAGUGGGCCAAAUUGCUAAGCAAUUAGCAAAACCCACUAACACAUUCCCAAGUGACAUUGAGUUCAAUCCAAGAGAAGAAUGCAAGAUCAUUAGCUUGAGAAGUGGAAGAGUGAUUGUCAUGAAGAAUAAAGAGCAAGCUGAGGCACCCUUAGAAGUAGAGGAAGAGAAGGAAAAGGAGAAGGACCAUGCACAACCCAAUGCUCCAAAAGAGAAGGAGAUAGUGAAGCAAUAUGAGCCUAGAGUUCCAUUCACCCAAAGGGUCAAGGAGGAGAACAAAGAAAAUCAAUACUCCAAAAUCUUAGAGGUGUUUAGGAAACUCCAAAUCAAUAUUUCUUUCAUAGAAGCCUUGAAGCAAAUGCAUCUUUACACUAAAUUCAUGAAGGAGUUACUUUCUAAGAAGAAGACUUUGAGAGAAGAUGAGACAAUGGUUAUGACCAAGGAGUGUAGUUCAAUUAUUCAAAAAGGCUUUCCAAGAAAGAUGAAAGAUUCGGGGAGAUUCCAAAUUCCAUGCACCAUUGGGAGCACCACUUUUGAAUAA